GCGAAAAUGCCGACAAGUGAUAAUACAUUAGUGUUGACGAACCUCUCGCCGGAUUCCAGAAGCAUAUCCCCGAUGACUCCGUCACCUUGCAGGGAAAUUAGAGGAAUAAAACUGUUCAAAGCUAUCAGUAAGAGAUUAUCCAGAAGGUCUAAUGAAGAUUUGAAUUACCAAGAAGAAAACGAUUGCAAUUCUUCGAGUUCUGAUUCGUGUUCGUCUUCGUUCGGUAGAGUUUCGAGACGGAAAGAAGCCGCUUCAGCCGAUUCAGGAUUCAGAUCAAUUUCUCCUAAUCAUAUGUCGAGCAGUUCUAGCGAAGCCGGUAGCGAUAUCCAAUCGAGAAACAGACACCAUCAUUCUACAUCGGCCGAAAGUAUAAGGAAAGUUUUUCAAAAUUUGAAUGUUCGCUCGCAGAGUUGUGGUAAUACGAAAGAUAAAAGAAAAACGAAGAAACCCAUCACGAAGAUAUUGAGGCAACCGGUGACUUAUACUUACGUGAAAGGACUGUCAGGUUUACCUACGCAAAGAAUCCCGAGAAAUUCGAAAAUGUUUCAAAGUUGUGGUUGUAGUAUGUAUUAUACGCCAGGUAGAUAAAUUUUUAUUUUAGCAAUAUCAAAUUUAUCCUAUCUCCUCGAUAAGACUGUUAAUUAUCAUGUUCACCUUGUAUCAUCUUUUUUAUAUAUUCAUCAUUAUUAGUAAUAAGGAAUCUUGAGAGGGACUCAAAUAUCAAAUUUUUGAAUUUAGAUAUUUAAAAAAAAAAGCACGUUAUCAAUUUAUAUUGUUCACUAUCAAUGUUUUUUUUGUGCUUUCUGGAAACAAUUUUCUCGAACUAGUGCCUUGUAGAAUGUC